UGGUGAAUGGACUGGUUUGAGCAGGUUUACUGUAAAAGUCACGACGGGGAGGUGAACAAGGCCGACUGAACUCCCUAAUCCCCACCAGGGAGGGACUGGGURCACCUUUCAACAGUAGCCAUUUGUCAGGAAAGUAGGWAGACAGAGAGACAAGGGAGCUAGGAAAUAUGGUAGAAAACUGGCGCCGCAUCAACGAUGAAGAAGCUCUCUGCUGUCGAUUCCCCUCAAAAAAGAAAUAAUUAUGAAAAARGAAAAAGGAAGGAAGAAGUAGUUACAGGCAAGGGAGGAUAGGGGAUAGGGGACAGCAAAUGACAGAGAGCUUGCUCAAUGCUGUUACUGGACACGGUAGACAGAAAAGGGGGGACCUCCCCGGUUACGGUCUGGGGGCGUAUGGGAGAGACGCAGGACAAAGAGCAAGAGAGUGUUCCCAGUUUAAGAAAAGCUGUGCUGCAACAAAGGGGAGAUAAGAGGCCAGUGAGUAUUUUCAAGACAGCCGAUGGCGCGCUGGACGUGGUGAGGGCCUCGAGCAGUGUGACAGUCUCCCAUUGCCAUUUCGGUAAGCAGGUGAAGACGAUGCUGGUGGGGAACGACGACGGCGGCAGCGAGGACAAGAUUCAAACAGUUACUCUGUACGCCAACUUUUUUGAGGACUGCGUCUCUCGUAUGCCACGUGUCCGCUACGGCACAGCGCACGUGUGCAGCAACGUGUUCAAACACUGGGGUCGCUAUGUCCUUGGCGCAAGUAAUGGCGGCCACAUCCUUGCCGAGAACAACUACUUCAUCCCUGGCUCCGACAAUCAGAUUGACCAUUUCCAUCCCCCGGACCCGAACGACAACUCGGUCAUUUCGUUCAGGGGGAACCGUCUCUACGGGUCCGCUGUCCGAAACAGCAACGAGGAGGACAGGUUUGGAAUACCCUUCACGUGUCCGGCUCUUGAGGAAGCCAACAUCAUAUCGGAGGCGGGAGUGGGCAGUUGGUGUACGCUUUAAGUUGAUGCUGCCAUCAUUCAACAAGCCCUAGUAGGCAUGUCGAGCGUUCUAACACAAAGGCAGAUUCUUUCUCAAAAUCUUAAUCCGAGUCGAAGUCUAACCUAAGCAAUCAAGCAAGCUGGUGUCGUCGCUCAGGGCUUCAAGUUGAUGCUGUCAUCAGUCAAACCCGAAGCACAAAGCCGCCGAUUCCUAAUCUUAACCAAAGUCGCACCUAAGCAAGCAAAGCAAGCUGAUCUUUUCAUCACUACAAGCAUAGCUGCACACGUGUUGCCCAUCAUGACAGUAUGCUAGCGGAAGCAGCACGUUAUAUCCGAGCUGCCUUGCUCACGGUCAUGCUACCUCUCCGUGUUCUAUUCGAGGGACGUGCCCUCGUGCUGCUGACUUUGGGAAUAAACAACCCCCUUAAAGUUUUUUUUUCGCGGUCUUUGUCAAACUAAUGGAGAGCCGUGCCCUUGGACAUCUUGCAUGUGCUGCUCGGAGGGAAGCCUGGUCAGAUUGCACACUGUCAGAGACAGUCAGACUGCUUAUUAAGGCUUUCGGGCAGGGGGAGUCGACCUGUUUUCCUUCCUGCCACCGGUGGUAUGCUCCUACUCAGACGCUACAAAGAAGACUCGAGGCGGUUUGUCCGCUCGAAGAAAUUAUAAUUCUCACUCUUGGUCAAAUUUUCGGUGAACUAAUCAGAGGUCGAGAUCUCACUCUCAUUGGGAUUCUCUAUUUUUGGCCGACCUUUUUCUUUUUUUUUUUAGGUGAUACUUGUACUCUUCUACGGCUCCAGAGCGAAGGAUGCAGGCAUCCCAGAUAGGUGUACUGAUUCGGUAGAAAGCACACUAGAAAGUUAGUAGAAACCCUCUCAGCGACGAGCUGCACAUAAUUCUUCGGCCCUAGUUUUACACUAGGGGUUUGACUUUUCCUGGCUGUACCUGUCCAUUGAUUACGGUCAAAUGUGGUCAACAAAGUCGGUACUAGUGUGAACCCAGUCCGGCGGCCAUGAUCAUGCUCUGCUGCUGGAUGCCCAGUCAAACCCGGUUAUCAUGCUGCUCUGCAAACUCUUUGACAACCGGUUAAUCCCGCGCUGCCUUCCGAGUCAAAGCCCGUUCUUCUCGUUCAAUGCCAGUAUUAAUUUAUUUUUCCGUUUGUCUCCAUAAAUCUGGCUCCGUAGUAGGAGGAUUUUGGUCAAUGCGGUGGCAUUCCAGUCAUUGACAACUGCAUUGAACUUUGACUUUCGCUGUUUAUCACGUUCCCUGAGUACAGCAAAGUCAACGCAAAUAGCUGUGUUGACUUUUGAGUCAACGCAAAUAGCUGUGUUGACUUUUGAGUCAAUGCAAAUAGCUGUGUUGACUUUUGACCAUUGCUGAUAAUCGCUCGCGUUUUGUGAGUACUGCGAUGAGUCGGAGGAUUUCGGUCAACGCAGUCAAGCUGAGUCAACUGCGCUGAACUCUGACUUUCGUUCGCGGUUUACGGCAUACCACAGGAUAACCAGGCGUACCUCCACCACUGAUAAGUGUGCGAGCACAACUCUAGCCUAGUCGUAAGCCUACCAUGCAUGGGUUACCGCAGUCUGUGAGUAACUCUGGGUAAAGUGCGUAACCGCGGUAACAGUUAGUUUACCAUGGGUAUGGGUUACUGCAGUCUGCAGUCUGUGAGUAACUCUGGGUAAAGUGUAACCGCGUCUGAGAGUAACUCUGGGUAAAGUGUAACCGCGGUAACAGUUAGUUUACAAUGGGUACGUCUCGUCUCACCUUGCUAGCUUAGUUGCUGCUCUUAGCGAACUACGAAAUUCCAAGUUCAGAAGUGAAUGUGUUGUGUACCCCCGAAGGAAAGGUGAUACUACUACUAAUACACUUGUACUACGACUUUCCGAAGGGUAGUAGUUACGGUCAGAUUCAACUGAAGAAGUCCUGGUGUGGCUAGGACUGCGGUAGUAAGGUUUGAAACAGAGAAGAGAGGCAUGCUCAUGCUGGUAUUGCACCAUCUGAAUAUGGACGCAAUGGCGGCCAAAUACGUACCAAAAAGUCCUUCUGUGAGUAUGUACUCUGUCAGUCUGUCAGUCAGUCAGUCAGUCAGUUGCCUGACUAAUGAACAGACUGGCCUAUAAGGUGAUAGGAUAAGACUGCUAGUUUCGUCCGACACGUCCGUUUGUCCGUCCAUUUGCUCAUUUGUCCCUUCCUCUGCCUAUAAGCCACCAGUACUUUUCCCACCCAUUUUUCUCCGACACAGCUGGGCAUGGUCCACGACUUCCCGGUUCACGUGCUAAUGGCUGGCGGCAAGCCAAAAAAGAAACCGCGCCAAAUCCACUUUUCGGCAAACGGAAGCAUCUAUGCACCCGUGGUUUGACAAACUGGGCAGCAUGCCAGCCAUGGGGUAUAGUAUAUAUCCUGUUGGGGGCCUGCUCGCUUUAUGUCAGAGAGUUGGUGCACAAGGUCCGGCACGAGGGCAAAACGAGGGAGUCGACCAGAUGGCGUAGUUGCAGUAGAUGCUCGGCAACAUGGAAAGUAGAGUGGCUUUGGAUGUACUUUAUCCACUAAUUUAGUAGUACAUCGUAUUUAUUAGUUCAUUUAGUUGGUGCAUGUUUCUUUCUUUAGGAAUUAUAGCAUUUGAUGCCCUUAGUACUUCAUACUUAGCAGUUGCUAAUGGGUGCUUAGUAGUUUGUACUGACUACUGGCUGACUCAAGUCAGACGAUGAGUGAAAUUAGAGCUUGGGGCUUCUACGAGUCCUUACGCGGUACUUUAGCGAAGUUUCGACUAUGACUGAACCUGAUAUAUGACACUGUACUUUAGCCCAAGUUAGACCAUGAGUGAACCUGAUAUGCAUUAUGUACGGUCAACCCCCGCGCAAUAAUCAGCACCCGGCACGCCGGUCUUCGUGAUGCUGCCGUGUGGCGCAGCAUCUGAAUGCAUGAUCCGAGUGCUGCAUUCUUGAACAUCUUCACCACCUCCUCACCAUAACCAUCGCCAUAGCUAUAGCCAUAGCUAUAGCAAUUAGCCAUUAGCCAUUAGCCAUUAGCCAUUAGCCAUAAGCCAUAAGCCAUUAGCCAUUGGCCAUCGCCGCCACCAUAGCCAUUGUCGUCCCUACAUAGUACAUAUCAGUUUUUGACACCACUAAGGUGAGGUUGAGACCGGAAGAUGGCAUGUCAUCAUGCCUUGUGCCCAUGAACGGCCGCCCAUAAGCUUCUUAUGUUUUUUUGAAAAAAAAACAUUGUAGACCUUAAGUUGGUCCUAAACCCUAAACCAAAAUGCUAAUUUUCAUUGGUGUCCCUCUGUGAGAAAACGUGUGUGGAGACGUCCGUGUUUCCCGACGUCACAUGUGUCUCGCCAAGAAUCGUUGCCAUCCUACUACAUGUCACUCAACAUCGACGCCGCUGAGGGUGUGCAAUUUCAAUCCUUAUUAGAGAAUUAAUUUAGAAUUUUAGAGGUAUAGAAGACAAGUCUAUCGAGUCCAGGAGGGCUUUCAAGUUUAACACUUCUUUUUCUGUUCAAGGCUUCAAGCAGAGACUUCCUCCACCCAGCUUCUCUCUGCUGUUUUGCAGGGAGCCACCAACUGGCAUCAACCUCCUCCUCCUCUUUUUUUUUUUUUUUUUUGUUCUAAUGAGGAGAUUCUGAACCUUAUAAUCUCUCUCUCCUCUUUUGCAGGAGGCAGCUAUCUAUCUAUGUUCCUCCCUCCACCCACGCCCAAGUCCCACUUACCUGAGUGCUCAAUUCCCGACCUUCGAUUAGCAAAGAUCGGCGGCCAGAAAUGAGGAAUCGGGCUAUUGGUAAGCGGGACUUGGCCCCCGUUCCCGUCAUCCCUCUCUUGUCCUCCUAUAUCUUCCUCCCUCUUUCCGUUCGUCUCCUCUCUCUCUCUCUCUCUCUCUCUCUCUCUCUCUCUCUCUCUCUCUCUCUCUCUCUCUCUCUCUCUCUCUCUCUCUCUCUCUCUCUUUUCAUGGACAGUUCGACAAGGUUUUCAAAUUGGCGGCUUUUCUAGCAGUUAGCUCGUCAAAUUGCGUCCGAGUUCCAGCCACACCUCAUCAGUGGCCUCAAAAGCACUGAGGGACUGAUUUUUCCAGCAUCCGGAGAUGUACACACAAGGAGAGGGAGAGAGUAGAGAGAGGGAGGAAGGGGAAAAAGGGGAUUUCUGGGAGGACACGGGAGCAAACGGGGAGGUGGAGUGGAGGUGAGACAGGGUCGCAGGGAAGGGGGAGGGGGAGGGAAAGAAUACUUCAACAAAUGUGCCCUUUUCAG